AGACUAAAAAUAACUUACUAAAGAAAUCAGGAAGAACAGUGACUUGCUGUGCAAGCUGUCAGAAACACAUAAGAUAAAGAAACAGACCACAGAUUAGCGCAGCCCUAAGAAAACUUGGUCUGCAACGGUUCAUAACUCUCUGGUCAGUAAAAUAUGGCAAAUGGAGACUAUAGAGAGGAAUUUGAACUCAGAAUGGAUGUUUCAGCCAGGAGUGAUGCCUUACAGACCUGCUCUGGUGAAGAGGGUGAAGAGGGUGAAGUGACUUCAGCUGUGCCUGGAGGAAAACUCUACAGACUGGUUGCUGUGAGCUUUGGAUUCCUGUGCAUCCUACAAGCUGCUCUCAAUAUUUCUCUGCGCCUUGGUCUUUCAAAUACUGAGGCCAGAUGUAAAAACCUGACUGAAGAGAUAGACAAUCUGAAGAGGAUCAACUUUGCCAUAACUCAUAAUAUGACACAAGAAAUAGAGGCCACCCGCUACAACCUGACCAGAGAAAAAGAUGAGCUGAAGAGGAACCUGACUGAUUUUGAGGCCAGAUACAAAGUCCUGACUGAAGAAAGAGAUGAGCUGAAGAGGAAGCUGACUGAUUUAGUUAACCGUUUACAACAAGGAUGGGUAUAUUUCAGUGGCAGUGUCUAUUAUAUUUCUUCUAUCAAUAAAAACUGGGAAGAAAGUAGAAAUGACUGCCUGCAACGAGGUGCAGACCUGAUGAUUAUCAACAGCAAAGAAGAACAGGAUUUCGCAGAACAAGUGAAGGAUAGAAUGUGGAUUGGACUCACUGACAGAGAGACAGAAGGGAUGUGGAAAUGGGUUGAUGGGACUCCACUGACAACAAGCUACUGGGCGAGUGGUGAGCCCAACAGCUUUGAAUCCAGAGAAGAAGACUGUGUAGAAUUGAAGUAUUACGGAACUGUAGAGAGCUGGAAUGAUAGACCAUGUGACGAACAAAUCCUGUGGGUCUGUGAAAAGAAAGUGCUUCCAUAACUCAGCCUCCAAACUUAUCACACGUUUAUGUAAAACACAAGAGUA